AUGGCCACGCCGCCCGGGCAGCGACCUCAGCUGCAGCAACAACAGCAACAACAGCAGCAACAGCAGUCGCCACCGCGGCCGUCGAUCUUCCGCGACCUGCGCGAUCGUGAGCAGUCACCCAACGCCCCUGCCCGCCAGCCACCGAGCUUCCAUGGCUCAGUGCCCAUGACGGCGGGCUUCUCCGGGCCACCCGCGUCCGCAUCGUCAGCGACAUUGGCAUCAUCGCUGGCGUCCAUGACUCCAGGUGGCUACUCGAGCUACAACCAAAGCGCAGCAGCAGCAGCAGCAGCAGCAGCCAACCAUGCAGCCGCAAUGGCAGCCAUCACAGCCGCAGCCGCUGCAGCCGUCGGGCAGCUCUUCUCGUCACCACUCGCACAGGCCCAGGCUCAGCAGCAGCUGCAAGGCCAGGGCGGUGCCUGGAACAGCGCGCAGCCGCCACCUGGCCGGGCGGCGUCCUCGUUCCCGUCCUCUGCCGGUCAAGCGCAGUCCAUGAUGGCUGGUGGGUUUGCCGCGUCGUACUCGAGCGAUCGCCAAGCGACCAUUCCCCCGUUCCUGGGCGCUCCGAAUGCUGCUGCUGGUGCUGCUGGGGCUGCUGGUGCUGCUGGUGCUGUGCCAAUGUCGGCUGCUCAAGUCCAGAUGCAACCGCAGCAGCAGAUGCAGCUCCAAGCCAGCCGCGGCGCUCAUCCGUCCACACCGGCUGCCCCAACUGCUGCUGCUGCUGCUGCAGGUGCGAGUGCUGGAGAGCGCAAGCUCCCAGGCAAGGACGUGAUUCUCGGCCAAAUCACAAAGCUCGAGAGCGACAUUGGCGAGCUCGAGCAGCAAAUUGCAUCCCUGCGAGAGACGGACGACAAGAGCGCUCAGAGCGAAGAGGUGGCUCGAGAGCGCCUUGCACUGGAAGCCGCAUCGGAGGCAGAACGCGCUCUGCCCGCCAAAGUCCAGUCAAUCCAGGACGACGACACGCUCACAAUCGUUGAAAAGAUCUACAAGUCCAACCGCACCAUUGCCUCUGGAUCGCAAGUGUUGCCAGUCCCUGCCUACAUGCAACCGUCGGAUUUGCCGUCCUAUCGCGGCGUGAUUGAAAACCACCAUCGGGUGCGUCCACGACUGAUGGGCGCGCUGCACAUGCGUCGACAGGCCACCGAGCGCAAAGUCACCGAACUCCGAACCGAGUACGAUACGCUUCUGGCCCAAUGGCAGGAGCGUCUUCGCGUCGAGGAUUCCAAUCCAAAGAAAAUAAGUCGAGAUGCCAAAUUCCGAGAAUUUUACGAGUCCCAGUUCCCAGAAAUGUUCCAGCGAGAAAAGCGGUCUGGACGCCAGACAGAUGCAGCUCGUAGCGAUGCCGAGUUUGACCGCAUCAUGCUCAAUCUUCUUGCUGAGACCGCUGUAUGUUUCGGACGAACGUGA